CGCAUAUAUAAGGUAGUGGCCGAGCAGCAAGGACAAUUAGAAGCCAACAAAACGUCAAGCGAGUAACAACACACAGACACACACACACGCAAAACCACGUAAAGGAAUCAAAGUAAAAUCAAACACCAUGCCCAGAAAUCUAUCUGCUCUGUCUUGGAUCUGUCUAGCGUGUCUGGCGAUCAUGACUGGCAACGCGCUGGCCGCCGCCAUCCCCGAACGCCAUCAAUACCAUCCGCUUCAGUUGAGGAUUGCCGAGUGCCGGCAGCUUUGCUAUCGCCAGACCGCCGUGGACACAACCCUCUGCCGCACUUGGCCGGACUGCUUUAUGUGCCAUGAUUAUUGCCGUGUCCUGGCAUUGGCCGAGUCGACCAGCCUGGCCAUAUCCAUGUGCUCGGAUCCUGUAUUCUGUACUCAUGGUUGCCGCAUUGCUUGCUCCUAUCAUCGAUUGAGCGGCACACCGAAAACGAACGAGAUCAGCAGCAAUGCUGUAUCAAAGGAUUUGACUGACUGAAAACAACAGCAACAAUAAA